CAGAGGAGGCUGGUCGGAGGCUGGUCGGAGCUUGGUCAGAGGCUGGUCGGAGGCUGGUCGGGAUGGGGCGCUCGUCCAAAGACAAACGGGACAUUUACUACCGUCUGGCCAAAGAGGAAGGCUGGAGAGCGAGGAGCGCCUUCAAACUGCUGCAGCUCGACGAGGAGUUCAACCUGUUCACUGGUGUGAACAGGGCCGUGGAUCUCUGCGCGGCUCCUGGCAGCUGGAGUCAAGUUCUUAGCCGCAAACUCAGAUAUCACGGGGAAAGGUCUGAGGGCGGUGAAGAUGUGACGAUUGUGGCGGUGGACCUGCAGGCUAUGGCUCCUUUGCCAGGAGUCACGCAGAUUCAAGGAGAUAUCACCAAGGUGUCGACGGCCGAGGAGAUCGUCCGCCAUUUUGAGGGCCGCCCGGCCGACUUGGUGGUGUGCGACGGCGCUCCUGAUGUAACGGGCCUCCAUGACGUGGACGAGUACAUUCAGGCCCAGCUGCUCCUGGCUGCGCUGAACAUCACCACCCACGUUCUUAAACCAGGAGGAACAUUUGUGGCGAAGAUCUUCCGAGGCAAAGACGUGACGCUGUUGUACUCGCAGCUCAAGAUCUUUUUCAGCGGCGUGACGUGCGCCAAGCCUCGCAGCAGCCGCAACUCCAGCAUAGAAGCGUUUGUGGUGUGUCAGAACUACUGUCCUCCAGAAGGUUACGUGCCCAACAUGUCCAACCCUCUGCUGGAUCACUCCUAUGAUGUAGACUUCAACCAGUUAGAAGGUCCAAACCGCAUCAUUGUUCCCUUCCUGGCGUGCGGCGACCUUAGCGCCUUUGAUUCCGACAGAACCUACCCUCUGCAGCUGGACGCCAGCAAGGCGUACCGGUACACGCCCCCUACCCAGCCGCCCAUCAGCCCCCCUUACCAGCAGGCCUGCCACCUCCGCAAGAACAACCUGCUCUCCAAGGAGGAGCCUCCUUCUGCAACUGGGCCGCAACAGAGCCGAGACCAGGCGCAGGCCGACUGAGUUUUAGAAGCAUUGAUGGCACCGGCUCAUGUUUUAAAUGGUUUUUAUUUGAGGGCUUUGCUUUCUACGUCCAUUGUUUGUCUGUGUGCCCUGACUGACCACUGACUUGCGAGUGUGGCUGCUCAGAAUCUUGCCCAAAACUUCUUAUUUGGAGUUCAGGAAAAUGAGUCGAUGGAUAUUAAAAAGUGUUUUGCACUUA